AUGGCCUCGCUCAAGGUCUCCAACGACCCCCAUGUGAAGCCACUUCCACGGCCUGAAAUGUCCGACGACCCUCCUCGCUUCAUCAUCAUCGGCGCCGGUGCCCGAGGAAUCGGCUACGCCAGAGGCAUCGACAUUGCCAGCAACGGCGUGGUGGCAGCUGUGGCUGAUCCCAACAAGUAUCGACGAGAGACGCUGGGGAAGCAGCACAUCUGGGGCACCAACAGCCCCGGAGAAGGCCAGAUAUUCGAAGACUGGCGUGAUUUCGUCGAGUACGAGCACAAGCGGCGCCAGCGGGUAGCCAAUGGCGAGAGCAAUGUCCCCAAGGGCGUCGAUGGCGCCUUUGUCUGCGUCCAGGAUCAGAUGCACCGAGAAGUUGUCGUUGGACUAGCACCGCUGGGGCUUCAUAUAAUGUGUGAAAAGCCCCUUGCACCAUCACUGGACGAGUGUCUCGACAUAUACAAGUCUCUCAAGCCGCUGCUCAAAUCCAACAUCUUCUCCAUUGGCCACGUCCUGCGCUACAGCCCUCAUAACAUGAUGUUGAGGAAGCUGCUCGUCGAGGACAAGAUCAUUGGCGACAUCAACAGCGUCGUCCACACAGAGCCCGUGGGGUGGUGGCACUUUACACACUCGUACGUGCGAGGAAACUGGAGAAAUUCCAAGACGUCGGGUCCGUCGCUGCUGACCAAGUGCUGCCACGACGUCGACCUGAUCCUGUGGCUGCUCUGCUCGCCGGAAAAGGCGGGCCAAGGCGAGCCUCAUCUGCCAGAGUACGUCUCGUCUUCCGGUGGCCUGCAGUUCUUCAAGAAGAGCCGUAAGCCUGCCGCCGCUGGAUCGGCUACCAACUGCAUGACGUGUCCCUUGGGCGACUCGGGCUGCAAGUAUUCGGCCAAGAAUGUAUAUCUGAGCGCCAACUGCGAAGGAGUCGGGACCGGCAACACGGACUGGCCCCUGACCACCGUCGUGCACGACAUUGAAGACUACAAGACGCUGGACGAGCGCAGUGCCGCAGUCACCAAGGCUCUGGAGGAAGACUACGACGAGUCCACCCCCGAGGAUCAAGUCAGCUCGCGCAACUGGUUCGGACGGUGCGUCUUUGAGGCAGAUAAUGACGUGUGCGACGACCAGUUCGUCACCAUUACCUGGCCCGAGUCUGUCAGGCCCGCCAAGCGGGUGACCAUCCAGAUGGUGGCCCAGACCAAAAAGCAGUGCUACCGCUUCUCCUAUUUCUACGGCGAGCACGGCGAGAUAUACACAGAUUCCGAAAAGAUUGUCGUAGAGGACUUUAACACAAAGAAGCAGACGGUAUACACUCCCCACAUCGAACACAAAGGACAUGGCGGCGGCGACCUGGGCCUGACGAGGCAGUUUGUGCUGGCCUGCGACCGCGUCAAGAAUCAUGGAUGGGAGGCCGAAAAGGCGCAGAACGAGUUUGUCGGGUGCACUGUGGAAGAGGUGAUUCGCAGCCACGCAAUGGUUUUUGCCGCCGAGGAGGCUCGGGUGACCAACACGGUUGUCAACUGGCAGCAGUUUUGGGAUAAGGCGACAAGGGAGUAG